UGUUUCGCAGGGCUGAGGUUUACCUGCUUCUGUUGUAUUCAUGAACUUCGUUUCACCUCGUCCCGUUUCAAGGCCAACGCACAUCUGACGGACGUAUCGCGAUCUUUAGCAGCACCAGCUUCAUCACACGACACGCGUCUGGUGUCGAUUCAACUACUUGAAAUGAGAUUAAUCAACACCUCGACGUUGGAAUUCGAGCAGUUUUUGGGCACCGAUAGGCCGCGCUACGCCAUCCUCAGUCAUACAUGGGAGGCACAGGAAGUGACUUAUGACGAAACAAUCAAUCCAACCCACAAUACGAGGCAGAAGGCUGGUUUUAAGAAGAUUGAGAGAUGCUUUUGUUUAGCAAGAGAGAAUAAAACUUCUUACGUAUAA